CUUGUUUUUGGCACGCACAAUUUUUACUGACGUAUCAAGACUACGUUCUCAUAAGAAAUCCUAAAAUGAAACCGAAAGACUGAAGUUAACAGCGGUGAACCAGGGUCAAUUUAACUAACAGUCAUGUCACUUGAUGAGGAUUUCUCUCUGGUAAUGGACCCACAAGACCCCCUUCAGCAAAUCUUAACUGAUAUCAACAAAAUGAAGUUGCAACACGGCCAGCUGGUGAAAGAGCAGCAAGACCUUAACAAAGCAAAGUAUGACCAGGAGGACUUGGCUGAAAAGUUCAGAACUCGCACGGUCAGAAUGAAAAAGUCUCUGGAAGAGGAUGAGAUUAUCCAAGCCAGGGAUGUGGAAUCUGAAAGGAACAAGAUGGCUGCCAUGCUUGAUGAGGAAAGCAGGUUGAGGAGGGAGAUCCAGAACACACUCAAAGAACUGCAGCAUGAGGAGCAGAGCACCCAACACCUGAAGCAGCAGACUGAUGUGUCUUCUGCAGUGCCUGAAAAAAGGGUUGUGUUCACUGGCGAGACGGGUAAUGGAGUAAACGCACUCGAUUUUGAUGUGAAACCACGCAUAGUGUAUCCAAUGAAGGAAGGCACUGCGCUGAUCACCUUUGAGGAGGACAUUGUGGCUCAAAAGAUCCUGAACAUGAGGGAGCAUAAGGUGGAUCUGGGCAGUGAUGUAACCAUCACUCUGGAGGCCAAACCUAUACGGCUUCUGCUACCCAGUCAAGUAGAGCUGGACACUCAGGUGUGUCCUCGCCGCAUCUUGGUUUCUAAUCUGCCUAAGAAGAUUCCUGCUGAUCGCUUGCUGGACAAACUGGAGAUCCAUUUUGCCAAAACCAAGAAUGGAGGAGGCGAAGUGGAGGAAUCGGACAUGCUGCAUGAUUCUGGACAUGUGGUCAUCACCUUCACAAAGGACAACGUUGCCAAAGGCCUGACUGACAAGCUGUACCAUGAUGUGGAGUUUGACAAAAAGACCAAGCACAGUGUGAAGGUUACCCCGUUCCUGAACGGAGAGGUCACACAACUUCAGACACGUCUGUCCGUGUGUGGCCGUACAGUGCUGCUUACUGGCAUCCCUGACAUUAUGGAUCAGGAGAACCUCCAGGACCUACUGGAGAUUCACUUCCAAAAAGCAAGUACUGGCGGGGGGGAGGUAGACGCCAUCCUAUUCAACCCAGUGGGACAGCACACACUGGCUGUCUUUGAAGAGGACUGUCCUAUUAAAGACAAGAGCUAAUGGCAGGGCCAGGCACUGGUAGAAUGCCCCCUGGUGUCAGCUGAAUGUUACUGUAAAUCCACUAUCCACUGAUCCACCAUCAGUACAGCGUCAGUCAAAUCCAGCCUGGGGUUCUAUUUAUUACUGGCCUGCUCUCAGAUGUUCUGAUACUGGAAUGUUAGUUGUGAAUUUGUCCAACUGAUUGCCCUUUGGUUCCGCACUGUGAAGUGUAAAUGUAAAACAUGUUUUUUUUCCCCUUCCUGUUUCGAAACAUGCUUGUGCGUACUAUAUAUUAUGAUACAUCUAUAUUUGUAGUUAAUCAAUUUGGGUUUAAUAUUCUGGUAGGAAAAAAGUGAUAUUUAGCAUCGGUUUCAGUGUUAUUAUAUUCGUUUUUUUUGUCUUAGAAAUAAUGUUUAUUCCAUAGCUCUGGAAAUGUGACUAUUCAGUUUACUCAUGCUAUCUUUUGUGUUCUGAAUGAGCAUUGGCAUACAGUACAAUCAAUAAUGUUUAUAAAGUAUUUCCAAUGAAUCAAAUAAGACAUGUUUGUCAUUAAUGAAAGAGAAUUAAACUGCCAGUCUGAGAGAA